GGUAGGCCUAAUUCAUUGAUUUGCUUGUUGGUUGUACCAUCUGGAAUAACUCCUCUAUUUCCCCAAGGUGUAACCGUCCUGAAACUGGAAAUGCAGGCUUCUCGCGUCGGAGUGGUCAGGGACUCCAUGCUGGCUAAUCCUCUUUUAAUUAGGCCAGUGCUUGGGAAGACCAAAUCUAAAGGGUUGACAUGUCUUGGACCUGACGUUGUGUACGGAACUGUUGCGACCAUCCAGGACGGAGGAGUCUCAGAAGCCUUGUCCAACUGGCACACACACUCCCUACCCACCAGUGGCAGUAGAGGCCACUCCAGGAGGCCUGGGAAGGACUUUGUGGCUCUGAACCGCGAGGGGGUGAAGUCUGGCCUGGUGACUGCCAAGGAGCAUUAUCAGUACCGCGCCACCCACGACAGAAGACAAGCCUCCCUUGCCAGAAGGGGCUCCCGUGUCCCUGUGCCCCCUCGCAUCCCCCCUGACACUACCUUUGGCAUCUCGACACAGCCAUCCACUCCCAUCUGUGAGCUGCUGGAGCACAAGUACGCCCAGCGCUGGUUAGAGGAGCAGCAGGCCAAGGAGAGAGCCCAGGAGGAGAGGCAGCUCAACUUGCCUAAGCUGGGCCGCAUCCAGGAGACACGGACAACUCUGUUGAGGAAGAGUCGGCCGAUGCCCGAGUCCACCCCGCUGUGGAAGCUUCCCCGCUUCCAGCAGGUUGGCCCAGCUCUGGACACCUUCCGGGAUCCAUAUGCUAGAGAGAAGGCCUUCAAUGCACACUUCUCAGACUCAGUGGCACGGACAGGACAGCUGGGCCAGGGAACCUACACUGUGGGCUAAAACAUACAUAGACUCUUCUCUAUGUAGUAACUGUUGGGGUAGGGAGUAGGGGAGCAAAGUCUUAUUUUCCAACCAGCCUUAAUCAAAUUGCUCUCAGAUGCAAUCAACAUAUAUAUAUAUAUACAUAUAUAUCUCAUACUGACAAUAUUAUUAUCAUGGGAUUUUACUGAUUUCUACAACUCCUCAAUUACAGAUUGUACUUUGAGUUUGUUGGCAAAAAAACAGAUAGAUAGUGUACUUCCGGCCGGACUGAUACCGUUACCACCACAAGGAUUUGUAAUAUAAUGUUUGUAGACUACACUACUCUUUAACUCAGCGAGAAGGUAAAGUACAAAACACUCAAAUGCUAUGAAUAUGUGUUCCAGGAAAAAUAAAGGAAAAAUAUUAAAAGUUAUUCAAAUAUGCUAAUAUUGCUUCACUUUUCACUGUUUGUUAUUAGGUCAUAGCUUGGCUAUAAAUCUUUUUCUCGGGUUGUGUUCCAAGUAUAAAACAUUUAAUGGAAAAGUCAGACUGAUUUA